AUGCUGACACGAAAAAAUUCUUCCGGGCGAGCAGGUGUGACUUCAUUUCCUGGGAGGGAAAGUAUCGCCGCCAUUUCGGACAUGCUGACUACACAGCAAAAGAAAGUUGUCAAACCUGGCUACAUUUCAAGCGAGCGGCUGGAAAGUGCCUUGAAAAUUGCUUGCAUCAUUUCGCUGAUCACGGUCUGCCUGCACACACCGAAAACCUUCGAACGGUUGUGGCCGCUCACUUACAUUGUGCUCUGUCUCGACCUGGUUUCCGUGCUAAUACUUACAUUGGAGGUGAUGCUCCGAAUUCAUCACGAAGGAUUGAGCCUGCAGCGAAACAUUGAUCCACCAGAAAGCUGCACACCCCCAAAAUUAAUCCCUAUUCAGCUGAACGGAAAAGCGCUAAAUGCCCGGUUCUGA